GUCGGAUCUCCUUCCUUCCCUCCCUCCCUCCCUCCCCCGUGGGCGGGUGCAGCGCCGUGUGUCCCUCGGUCCCUCCCCGCCGCGUCACGCCCGGCCCAGCCCCGCUCCGCGCUGUACGGACGCGCCCUGCGCUGGGGUUACCAGCUGUUGGUGGGACCUGAACAAGAGACUGACCGAAACCUCGAGUGAUGGCAACAAUCAAGGGGAUCUCGAGCUUCAGCGCUGAGCAAGAAGCACCACUCAGGAAGGCCAUGAAGGGCUCUGCUAAGUUGAUCUCCCUCCACAGAGAACUGGCUGUGCAGGGGACUGGAGGCGGCACAAGACCAGAGGGCACUUCUGAUUCUUGUGCAAGCAGCCUGACUGGCUUCCAUUUGUUUCUUGCAGGCACGGAUGAAGAGAUCAUCAUUGACAUCUUGACCAAACUAAAUGCUUCCCAACGUCAGCAAGUUCCGAUCACCUAAAAGAGCACUAUUGGCAGGGAUUUGAUUGGUGACUUGACGUUGCUGAGUGGGAAUUUUGAGAGGGGCUCAGGAACAGAAGAAGGCUGCCUGAUGGAAAUUCUGGCUUCUUGCAACAGUGAAGAGAUUCAUCGCAUUAAUGAGAUCUCCAAGCUCCAGUAUGGCUGCUCCGUCGAGGAUGACGUCGUAUCCAGCACAUCUUCCAUGUUUCCAAGGGUCCUCGUGUCCCUUGCAACAGGUAACAGAGAUGAGGGAAUGUAUGUGGAUGAUGCCCUUGCUCAGCAGGAUGCUGUGUGCCUGUACGAAGCGGGGGAGAGGAAGUGGGGAAUAGAUGAGGUACAAUUUAUGUCCGUCCUCUGUACAUGGAACAGGCAUCACCUGCUCAGAGUUUUGGAUGUGUACAGAGGCAUUUCUAUCAAGGACAUAACAGACAGCAUUAAAUCUGGGAGGUCUGGAGACCUGGAAGAUGCUUUGCUGGUUACGGUAAAGUGCAUGCGAAACAAGCCUGCGUACUUUGCCGAAAGACUGUAUAAAUCCAUGAAGGGCCUGGGAACAGACGACAACACUCUGAUCAGAGUGAUGGUGUCCCGCUCCGAAAUAGAUAUGCUGGAUAUCAGAAGAGAAUUCCUGACCAUGUAUGGGAAGUCACUUCACUCCUUCAUUAAGGGAGAUUGUUCAGGAGACUACAGGAAAGUUCUGCUGAAGCUUUGUGGCGGCGAGGAUUGAAGGGUUCCUGGUGUAUGUCCCAUGUUACAGGGAGGAGGGAAUCAUAAGGAUUUCUCUUAAUUUCUGGGGGCUUUUCUCUCAUUAAUUGCUGAGUAGUGACGUUGAUUAAUGCUCUGGUUGGGUGAUGGCAGUUGCAUUUUAACCUUAACUUUUGUAUUUUUGCUUGCAUUGCCACUUUGUAUCUACCUGAGCUAGGAAAGCCUUAUUUAAACAGAAUGCUUUAACCAAAUCUAUGCAAGCUUUGUUACCUCCUUGCAAGCUGCCCCUCUGCGCUUGCAGUAAAUCCUGCCAAAUGAAGCAAAUUUGGGUUCAGAAUGUAGGAAUCUGCAGAGGGAAGAAUGAAUUCUGUCAUUAUAUGGAGAGAAUGCAGCCUGCCUCCAGCUUCUGGAGGAUGAUUAACCCCCUCCAAAACAAAACUCAUCUGAAAUACAAUCAAAUUAGAUGCCAUAGUGCUCUUCUCCAACCUAAAUGAUUGUAGGGUCGCCAAAUCCAAUGCCAACCCAUUCCCACUAAUCACAUCCCAAGGAUGGUCCUUGUGGAGCUCCAGCUUGUCAGUGUGGAGCACAAAGCUCCGUGCUGCACUUUGUUGCCUGUAGGUCUGGAUGUGGGGAAGCUGCCCCGGUGGCUGCAGAGGGGACUUUAGCUGCACUCCGCCUGGUUGCAGGUCGGCCUCGUAGCCUUGGUCUGUCUGCCUUGUCUGGGGGUGUAAACCACAAGGUUUGUGGCAGCCCUUUGCUCUCGGUUAAUUGCUGUCAUUGGGAUGGUACCUAUGAAGGAAUGACCUGUCCUUGAAGUAUGUCUCAUCAGCACUGUCUGAUGCCUCACACUGAGCUGCCUUGUUCUGGGCUCACGUACCAAAAGUGCCAGCGCUGUCUGCUGGGACUCCUGCAUAACACUGCCAAUAGGAACUCUGCUUCUGGGGCCUUUGUGUGAUGUGAAAUUCCCUACCAACCUCUGAAAUAAAUGCUUUCCCCUAAGCUUAGCUCCUGUCUGCUAAGCUGUGGACACUACA